UUUUGUUUUGGUUGGUCACUUUCGUGGUCGUGUCUUCAUCCUCUUGUUUAUUCCAGACAGAAUCAAGUUUCCUGGCCACUUCUCACCAACUUCACAACACUCACACUCACAGUGAUUGAAAGAGACACCAAAAACACGAGAGAGAUGGAGAAAAAGGUUCUGGUCGUGUGCUUCGUUGUGGGUUUUCUGGGACUGUUGGCGGCUGCAACUAGCUUCGGUGCUGAAGCAACCAGGAUUAAGGGUUCUCAAGUUCAGUUUAUCACAUCAGAUCAGUGCAUGUAUCCUCGAAGUCCUGCUCUACCUCUUGGUUUCACUGCAGCAAUGGCUCUUAUGAUAUCUCAAAUAAUCAUAAAUGUUGCAACAGGGUGUAUUUGUUGCAGAAAAAACGCACAAAUCCCAGAUUCCAAUUGGAGAGUGGCACUGAUCUGCUUUGUUCUAUGUUGGUUUACAUUUGUGAUGGCAUUUCUCCUGUUGCUAACUGGUGCUGCGCUGAAUGAUCAACGCGGUCAAGAGAGCAUGUACUUUGGCUCCUACUACUGCUAUGUUGUCAAACCUGGAGUUUUUGCUACCGGUGCAAUGUUAUCUCUUGCAAGUGUUGCAUUUGGAAUCAUAUAUUACAUUACCUUAACUAAGGGAAAGAGUGCUGGCGGUGAUUCCUCAUAUCCUAAUCAAGGGAAUAUAGCCAUGGGACAACCACAGAUCCCACCUCAGAGUACCCAGCCAGUAUUUGUGCAUGAGGACACUUACAUCAGACGACAGUUCACAUGAUCAUAACAGCUUUCAGCUUUUAGCUAGGUUAUUAACACUCAGAUUCCCCAACUUAAGCUUGGCUAGUGUAAGUGUUGAGAUUGCUCUGAUCAAAACAUGGUUUCUUUUGUGUAUGCCUAGGAAGUAGUGUUUCUUAGUAUAUAUGUAUCCCAUGAAAGUGCUUUUGAAGGAGUUAUGAUAUUAGCCAUGUUUAUAAUUCGAUGGUGCAGUAAAAAUAAAUUGAGAUAUUGACUCCUUA